AGUUUGAUACUCAUUUUUCCUCUUUUUGAAAGAAAUGUCUUUUCUAAGCAAUGUAUCCAUUCUAAAAGAAGUAAUUCUUUGCAUAUAUAAUGUAAUCAUCAAACUUGAACUGAACCUAAGUGCAGUUUUUAUUUUUCGUGUCUUUAUUCAUUCUUUUCUACAUAGUAUUUGUGGAAUUCAACAUCUGGAACGAGCAGGAAACAAGUUGACUCUCUUUGACUCCCUUUAUUUCUGCAUAGUGACAUUUUCCACUGUGGGCUUUGGGGAUGUUACACCCAAGAUAUGGCCUUCAAAGCUGCUUGUUGUCAUUAUGAUCUGUGUUGCUCUUGUGGUGUUGCCCAUACAGUUUGAACAGCUGGCAUAUUUGUGGAUGGAGAGACAGAAGUCCGGUGGCAACUACAGUCGACACAGAGCUCAGACGGAAAAACAUGUUGUGCUGUGUGUCAGCUCUCUGAAGAUUGAUUUACUUAUGGAUUUUUUAAAUGAAUUCUAUGCUCACCCUAGGCUGCAGGACUAUUAUGUUGUUAUUUUGUGUCCUACUGAAAUGGAUGCUCAGGUCCGGAGAGUGUUACAAAUCCCGAUGUGGUCUCAAAGAGUUAUCUAUCUCCAAGGCUCAGCACUAAAAGAUCAAGACCUGCUGAGAGCAAAAAUGGAUGAUGCUGAAGCUUGUUUCAUUCUAAGUAGCCGCUGUGAGGUGGACAGAACAGCAGCUGAUCAUCAAACCAUUUUAAGAGCAUGGGCUGUUAAAGACUUUGCCCCAAACUGCCCUUUGUAUGUCCAAAUACUGAAACCUGAGAAUAAAUUCCACAUCAAGUUUGCAGAUCAUGUUGUGUGUGAAGAAGAAUUCAAAUAUGCUAUGCUAGCUCUAAACUGUAUAUGUCCAGCUACCUCCACAUUAAUCACACUGCUGGUUCAUACCUCCAGGGGACAAACGGCACCAUGGGAAGCUUUUCGACAACUAACUGGAACCAAACAGACUCUGAACAGAGAGAGUCAGCAAUCAUCAGAACAGUGGCAGAAAAUGUAUGGCAGAUGCUCUGGUAAUGAGGUGUUUCACAUUAACCUGGAAGAAAGUACUUUUUUUGCUGAGUAUGAGGGGAAAAGCUUCACAUAUGCUUCUUUCCAUGCACAUAAAAAGUUUGGAGUCUGUCUGAUUGGUGUUAGAAAGGAAGAUAACAAAAACAUUUUGCUGAAUCCAGGUCCUCGGUAUAUCAUGAGUUCUACAGAUAUAUGCUUUUAUAUAAAUAUCACCAAAGAAGAGAAUUCUGCUUUCAAGAAGCAAGAAAAACACAGAAAAAGACAUGAAUCAAAAUUAUCUUAUCAUGGAGCUUCUAGGUUGCCUGUACACAGUAUAAUAGCCAGCAUGGGAACUGUAGCUAUCGAUUUACAAGACACAGGAUGCCGAACAUCCAGCGGACCUACACUAGCUCUUCCUUCUGAAGGAGGUAAAGAGGGCAGACGGCCCAGUAUAGCACCUGUUCUGGAGGUUGCAGACUCAUCCUCACUUCAGGCAUGCGACCUACUAAGUGACCAGUCAGAAGAUGAAACCACUCCAUCUGACGAUGAAGUCUCUGCAGGCUUAGAGUAUGCCAAAGGCUAUCCUCCUUACUCUCCUUACAUUGGAAGUUCUCCCACAUUUUGUCAUCUUCUGCAUGAAAAAGUACCCUUCUGUUGUCUAAGACUAGAUAAGGGGUGCCAGCAUAACUACUAUGAAGACGCCAAAGCCUACGGAUUCAAAAAUAAAUUGAUUAUUGUUGCAGCAGAAACUGCUGGAAAUGGCUUAUAUAAUUUUAUCGUUCCACUUAGAGCUUAUUACAGACCGAAAAAAGAACUCAAUCCCAUUGUAUUACUCCUGGAUAACCCGCCAGAUAUGCAUUUUCUGGAUGCAAUCUGUUGGUUUCCAAUGGUUUACUACAUGGUGGGCUCUAUCGACAACCUAGAUGACUUAUUAAGAUGUGGGGUCACCUUUGCAGCUAAUAUGGUGGUGGUGGACAAAGAAAGUACAAUGAGUGCUGAGGAGGACUACAUGGCAGAUGCUAAGACCAUUGUAAAUGUUCAAACACUCUUCAGGUUGUUCUCAAGCCUAAGCAUCAUCACAGAGCUAACUCACCCCGCCAAUAUGAGAUUCAUGCAAUUCAGAGCCAAAGACUGCUAUUCUCUUGCUUUAUCCAAACUGGAAAAGGUAAGUAAGGAGGUCUCUAAAAUGUAGAAAACAGUUUAAUAU